UAGGAGCCCUGCCCCUGGCCUUCCCUCAUCAGCUGUAAAUGAUGACUUACUGCUGUUACCAUCAUCACUGCCUUCAGUGACCAAGGGCCUUCCAAGGUGCCAGCUCUGGAACGAAGGAUGCCCUUGGGAGAUGAUGACACUCAGGUUAUCAAUACUCUGGCUGACCAUCGUCAUCGUGGGACUGACUUUGGUGGAAGUCCUUGGUUACGUAUCAUUAUUGCGUUUCUGAGAAGUUAUAAAGUUGUCGUUACCCUCUGGACAGUUUACCUUUGGUUGUCUUUCCUGAAGACUACCUUCCAGUCUGAAAAUGGACAUGAUGGAUCCACAGAUGUACAGCAGAGAGCCUGGAGGUCCAACCACCGUAGACAGGAAGGAAAUAAAAUUGGCCUGAAAGACAUCAUUACUCUAUGGAGACAUGUGGAAACAAAAGUUAGAGCUAAAAUCCAUAAGAUGAAGGUGACAACGAAAAUCAACCAUCAUGACAAAAUCAAUGGAAAGAGGAAGACCGCCAAAAAACAGGCAAUGUUUCAACGUGCGCAAGAGUUGCGGCGGCGGGCAGAGGACUACUACAAAUGCAAAAUCACCCCUUCUGCAAGAAAGCCUCUUUGCAACUGGGUCAGAAUGGCGGCAGCGGAGCAUCGCCAUUCUUCAGCAUUGCCCUACUGGCCCUACCUCACAGGUGAAACUUUAAAAAACAGGAUGGGCCACCAGACACCUCCCUUAGCUACUCAGGAGGCUGAGGCAGAAGAACCACCCAAACCCAAGAGGCGGAGGGCCGCUGACGUGAAACCAUCAUCACCCAAACCCAAGAGGCGGAGGGCCGCUGAGGUGAAACCAUCACCCGAACCCAAGAGGCGGAGGGCCGCUGAGGAGAAACCAUCAUCACCCGAACGCAAGAUGCGGAGGGCCGCUGAGGUGAAACCAUCAUCACCCAAACCCAAGAGGCGGAGGGCCGCUGACGUGGAAUCUUCAUCACCCGAACCCAAGAGGCGGAUGGCCGCUGAGGUGAAACCAUCAUCACCCAAACCCAAGAGGCGGAGGGCCGCUGAGGUGAAACCAUCAUCACCCAAACCCAAGAGGCGGAGGGCUGCUGAGGUGAAACCAUCAUCACCCAAACCAAGGGCCACUGAGGUGAAACCAUCAUCACCCAAACCCAAGAGGCGGAGGGCCGCAGAGGUGAAACCAUCAUCACCCGAACACAAGAGGCAGAGGGCCGCUGAGGUGAAACGAUCAUCACCCGAACCCAAGAGGGGGAGGGCCGCUGAGGUGAAACCAUCAUCACCCGAACCCAAGAGGCGGAGGGCCGCUGAGGUGAAACCAUCAUCACCCAAACCCAAGAGGCAGAGGGCCACUGAGGUGAAACCAUCAUCACCCAAACCCAAGAGGCGGAGGGCCGCUGAGGUGAAACCAUCAUCACCCGAACCCAAGAGGCGGAGGGCCUCUGAGGUGAAACAAUUAUCACCCGAACCCAAGUGGCGGAGGGCCGCUGAGGUGAAACCAUCAUCACCCAAACCCAACAGGCGGAGGGCCACUGAGGUGAAACCAUCAUCACCCAAAUCAAGGGCCACUGAGGUGAAACCAUCAUCACCCAAACCCAAGAGGCAGAGGGCCACUGAGGUGAAACCAUCAUCACCCAAACCAAGGGCCACUGAGGUGAAACCAUCAUCACCCAAACCAAGGGCCACUGAGGUGAAACCAUCAUCACCCAAACCCAAGAGGCGGAGGGCCGCUGAGGUGAAACCCUCAUCACCCAAACGAAGGGCCGCUGAGGUGAAACCAUCAUCACCCGAACCCUAGAGGCGGAGGGCCCCUGAGGUGAAAUUAUCAUCACCCGAACCGAAGAGGCGGAGGGCCGCUUAGGUGAACCCAUCAUCACCCAAACCCAAGAGGCGGAGGGCCACUGAGGUGAAACCAUCAUCACCGAAACCCAAGGGCCACUGAGGUGAAACCAUCAUCACCGAAACCCAAGGGCCACUGAGGUGAAACCAUCAUCACCCAAACCCAAGAGGCGGAGGGCCACUGAGGUGAAACCAUCAUCACCCAAACCCAAGAGGCCGAGGGCCACUGAGGUGAAACCAUCAUCACCCAAACCAAGGGCCACUGAGGUGAAACCAUCAUCACCGAAACCCAAGGGCCACUGAGGUGAAACCAUCAUCACCGAAACCCAAGGGCCACUGAGGUGAAACCAUCAUCACCCAAACACAAGAGGCGGAGGGCCACUGAGGUGAAACCAUCAUCACCCAAACCCAAGAGGCGGAGGGCCACUGAGGUGAAACCAUCAUCACCCAAACCAAGGGCCACUGAGGUGAAACCAUCAUCGCCCAAACCCAAGAGGCGCAGGGCCGCUGAGGUGAAACCAUCAUCACCCAAACCCAAGAGGCGGAGGGCCGCUGAGGUGAAACCAUCAUCACCCAAACCCAAGAGGCGGAGGGCCGCUGAGGUGAAACCAUCAUCACCCAAACCCAAGAGGCGGAGGGCCGCUGAGGUGAAACCAUCAUCACCCAAACCCAAGAGGCGGAGGGCCGCUUAGGUGAAACCAUCAUCACCCAAACCCAAGAGGCGGAGGGCCGCUGAGGUGAAACUAUCAUCACCCAAACGAAGGGCCACUGAGGUGAAACCAUCAUCACCCACACCCAACAGGCGGAGGGCCACUGAGGUGAAACCAUCAUCACCCGAACCCAAGAGGCGGAGGGCCGCUUAGGUGAAACCAUCAUCACCCAAACCCAAGAGGCGGAGGGCCGCUGAGGUGAAACCAUCAUCACCCAAACCAAGGGCCACUGAGGUGAAACCAUCAUCACCCAAACUCAAGAGGCGGGUGGCCGCUGAGGUGAAACCAUCAUCACCCAAACCCAAGAGGCGGAGGGCCGCUGUGGUGAAACCAUCAUCUCCCGAACCCAAGAGGCAGAGGGCCGCUGAGGUGAAACCAUCAUCACCCAAACCCAAGAGGCGGAGGGCCGCUGAGGUGAAACCAUCAUCACCCAAACCCAAGAGGCGGAGGGCCCCUGAGGUGAAACCAUCAUCACCCAAAUCUAAGAGGCGGAAGGAGGCUGAGGUGAAACCAUCAUCACCCAAACCCAAGGGCCACUGAGGUGAAACCAUCGUCACCCAAACUCAAGAGGCGGAGGGCCACUGAGGUGAAACCAUCAUCACCCAAACCCAAGAGGCAGAGGGCCGCUUAGGUGAAACCAUCAUCACCCAAACCCAAGAGUCGGAGGGCCACUGAGGUGAAACCAUCAUCACCCAAACCCUAGAGGCGGAGGGCCCCUGAGGUGAAACCAUCAUCACCCGAACCCAAGACGCGGAGGGCCGCUGAGGUGAAACCAUCAUCACCCGAACCCUAGAGGCGGAGGGCCCCUGAGGUGAAACCAUCAUCACCCGAACCCAAGAGGCGGAGGGCCGCUUAGGUGAAACCAUCAUCACCCAAACCCAAGAGGCGGAGGGCCGCUUACGUGAAACCAUCAUCACCCAAACCCAAGAGGCGGAGGGCCACUGAGGUGAAACCAUCAUCACCCAAACCAAGGGCCACUGAGGUGAAACCAUCAUCACCCAAACCCAAGAGAUGGAGGACCACUCAGGUAAAACCAUCAUCACCCAAAACCAAGAGGCGGAGGACCGCUGAGGUGAAACCAUCAUCACCCAAACCCAAGAGGCGGAGGGCCGCUGAGGUGAAACCAUCAUCACCCAAACCCAAGAGGUGGAGGGCCGCUUAGGUGAAACCAUCAUCACCCAAACCCAAGGGCCACUGAGGUGAAACCAUCAUCACCCAAACCCAAGAGGCGGAGGGCCACUGAGGUGAAACCAUCAUCACCGAAACCAAGGGCCACUGAGGUGAAACCAUCAUCACCCAAACCCAAGGGCCACUGAGGUGAAACCAUCAUCACCCAAACCCAAGAGGCGGAGCGCCACUGAGGUGAAACCAUCACCACCCAAACCGAAGAGGCGGAGGGCCGCUGAGGUGAAACCAUCAUCACCCGAACCCAAGAGGCGGAGGGCCGCUGAGGUGAAACCAUCAUCACCCUAACCAAGGGCCACUGAGGUGAAACCAUGACCACCCGAACCCAAGAGGCGGAGAGCCGCUGAGGUGAAACCAUCAUCACCCGAACCCAAGAGGCGGAGGGCCGCUGACGUGAAACCAUCAUCACCCGAACCCAAGAGGCGGAGGACCGCUGAGGUGAAACCAUCAUCACCCGAACCCAAGAGGCGGAGGGCCGCUGAGGUGAAACCAUCAUCACCCGAACCCAAGAGGCGGAGGGCCGCUGAGGUGAAACCAUCAUCACCCGAGCCCAAGAGGCGGAGGGCCGCUGACGUGAAACCAUCAUCACCCAAACCAAGGGCCACUGAGGUGAAACCGUCAUCACCCAAACCCAAGAGGCGGAGGGCCACUGAGGUGAAACCGUCAUCACCCAAACCCAAGAGGCGGAGGGCCACUGAGGUGAAACCAUCCUUACCCAAACCAAGGGCCACUGAGGUGAAACCAUCAUCGCCCAAACCCAAGAGGCGCAGGGCCGCUGAAGUGAAACCAUCACCCAAACCCAAGAGGCGGAGGGCCGCUGAGGUGAAAACAUCAUCAUCCAAACCCAAGAGGCGGAGGGCCGCUUAGGUGAAACCAUCAUCACCCAAACGAAGGGCCACUGAGGUGAAACCAUCAUCACCCACACCCAACAGUCGGAGGGCCACUCAGGUAAAACCAUCAUCACCCAAACCCAAGAGGCGGAGGGCCGCUCAGGUGAAACCAUCAUCACCCAAACCCAAGAGGCGGAGGGCCGCUGAGGUGAAACCAUCAUCACCCAAACGAAGGGCCACUGAGGUGAAACCAUCAUCACCCACACCCAACAGUCGGAGGGCCACUCAGGUAAAACCAUCAUCACCCAAACCCAAGAGGCGGAGGGCCGCUCAGGUGAAACCAUCAUCACCCAAACCCAAGAGGCGGAGGGCCGCUGAGGUGAAACCAUCAUCACCCAAACCCAAGAGGUGGAGGGCCGCUUAGGUGAAACCAUCAUCACCCAAACCCAAGAGGCGGAGGGCCACUGAGGAGAAACCAUCAUCACCCAAAACCCAAGGGCCACUGAGGUGAAACCAUCAUCACCCAAACCCAAGAGGCGGAGGGCCACUGAGGUGAAACCAUCACCACCCAAACCCAAGAGGCGGAGGGCCGCUGAGGUGAAACCAUCACCCAAACCCAACAGGCGGAGGGCCACUGAGGUGAAACCAUCAUCACCCAAAUCAAGGGCCACUGAGGUGAAACCAUCAUCACCCAAACCCAAGAGGCGGAGGGCCACUGAGGUGAAACCAUCAUCACCCAAACCCAAGAGAUGGAGGACCGCUGAGGUGAAACCAUCAUCACCCAAACCCAAGAGGCGGAGGGCCGCUGAGGUGGAACCAUCAUCACCCAAACCCAAGAGGUGGAGGGCCGCUUAGGUGAAACCAUCAUCACCCAAACCCAAGAGGCGGAGGGCCACUGAGGGGAAACCAUCAUCACCCAAACCAAGGGCCACUGAGGUGAAACCAUCAUCACCCAAAACCCAAGGGCCACUGAGGUGAAACCAUCAUCACCCAAACCCAAGAGGCGGAGGGCCGCUGAGGUGAAACCAUCAUCACCCGAACCCAAGAGGCGGAGGGCCGCUGAGGGGAAACCAUCAUCACCCGAACCCAAGUGGCGGAGGGCCGCUGAGGGGAAAACAUCAUCACCCGAACCCAAGAGGUGGAGGGCCACUGAGGUGAAACCAUCAUCACCCAAACCCAAGAGGCGGACGGCCACUGAGGUGAAACCAUCAUCACCCAAACCCAAGAGGCCGAGGGCCACUGAGGUGAAACCAUCAUCACCCAAACCAAGGGCCACUGAGGAAACCAUCAUCGCCGAAACCCAAGAGGCGCAGGGCCGCUGAGGUGAAACCAUCAUCACCCAAACCCAAGAGGCGGAGGGCCGCUGAGGUUAAACCAUCAUCACCCAAACCCAAGAGGCGGAGGGCCGCUGAGGUGAAAACAUCAUCACCCAAACCCAAGAGGCGGAGGGCCGCUGAGGUGAAACCAUCAUCACCCAAACCCAAGAGGCGGAGGGCCGCUUAGGUGAAACCAUCAUCACCCAAACCCAAGAGGCGGAGGGCCGCUGAGGUGAAACCCUCAUCACCCAAACGAAGGGCCGCUGAGGUGAAACCAUCAUCACCUGAACCCUAGAGGCGGAGGGCCCCUGAGGUGAAAUUAUCAUCACCCGAACCGAAGAGGCGGAGGGCCGCUUAGGUGAACCCAUCAUCACCCAAACCCAAGAGGCGGAGGGCCACUGAGGUGAAACCAUCAUCACCGAAACCCAAGGGCCACUGAGGUGAAACCAUCAUCACCGAAACCCAAGGGCCACUGAGGUGAAACCAUCAUCACCCAAACCCAAGAGGCGGAGGGCCACUGAGGUGAAACCAUCAUCACCAAAACCCAAGAGGCCGAGGGCCACUGAGGUGAAACCAUCAUCACCCAAACCAAGGGCCACUGAGGUGAAACCAUCAUCACUGAAACCCAAGGGCCACUGAGGUGAAACCAUCAUCACCGAAACCCAAGGGCCACUGAGGUGAAACCAUCAUCACCCAAACCCAAGAGGCGGAGGGCCGCUGAGGUGAAACUAUCAUCACCCAAACGAAGGGCCACUGAGGUGAAACCAUCAUCACCCACACCCAACAGGCGGAGGGCCACUGAGGUGAAACCAUCAUCACCCAAACCCAAGAGGCGGAGGGCCGCUUAGGUGAAAUCAUCAUCACCCAAACCCAAGAGGCGGAGGGCUGCUGAGGUGAAACCAUCAUCACCCAAACCAUGGGCCACUGAGGUGAAACCAUCAUCACCCAAACUCAAGAGGCGGGUGGCCGCUGAGGUGAAACCAUCAUCACCCAAACCCAAGAGGCAGAGGGCCGCUGUGGUGAAACCAUCAUCUCCCGAACCCAAGAGGCAGAGGGCCGCUGAGGUGAAACCAUCAUCACCGAAACCCAAGAGGCGGAGGGCCGCUGAGGUGAAACUAUCAUCACCCAAACCCAAGAGGCGGAGGGCCACUGAGGUGAAACCAUCAUCACCCAAUCCAAGAGCCACUGAGGUGAAACCAUCAUCACCCGAACCCAAAAGGCGGAGGGCCGCUGAGGUGAAACCAUCAUCACCCAAACCCAAGAGGCAGAGGGCCGCUUAGGUGAAACCAUCAUCACCCAAACCGUAGAGGCGGAGGGCCGCUGAGGUGAAACCAUCAUCACCCGAACCCAAGACGCGGAGGGCCGCUGAGGUGAAACCAUCAUCACCCGAACCCUAGAGGCGGAGGGCCCCUGAGGUGAAACCAUCAUCACCCGAACCCUAGAGGCGGAGGGCCCGAGGUGAAACCAUCAUCACCCGAACCCAAGAGGCGGAGGGCCACUGAGGUGAAACCAUCAUCACCCACACCCAAGAGGCGGAGGGCCACUGAGGUCAAACCAUCAUCACCCAAACCAAGGGCCACUGAGGUGAAACCAUCAUCACCCAAAACCCAAGGGCCACUGAGGUGAAACCAUCAUCACCCAAACCCAAGAGGCGGAGGGCCACUGAGGUAAAACCAUCACCACCCAAACCCAAGAGGCGGAGGGCCGCUGAGGUGGAACCUCCAUCACCCGAACCCAAGAGGCGGACGGCCGCUGAGGUGAAACCAUCAUCCCCCAAACCCAAGAGGCGGAGGGCCACUGAGGUGAAACCUUGAUCACCCAAACCAAGGGCCACUGAGGUGAAACCAUCAUCACCCAAACUCAAGAGGCAGAGGGCCGCUUAGGUGAAACCAUCAUCACCCAAACCCAAGAGGCGGAGGGCCACUGAGGUGAAACCAUCAUCACCCAAACCAAGGGCCACUGAGGUGAAACCAUCAUCACCCAAACCCAAGGGCCACUGAGGUGAAACCAUCAUCACCGAAACCCAAGGGCCACUGAGGUGAAACCAUCAUCACCCAAACCCAAGAGGCGGAAGGCCACUGAGGUGAAACCAUCAUCACCCAAAUCAAGGGUCACUGAGGUGAAACCAUCAUCACCCAAACCAAGGGCCACUGAGGUGAAACCAUCAUCACCCAAACCAAGGGCCACUGAGGUGAAACCGUCAUCACCCAAACCCAAGAGGCGGAGGGCCACUGAGGUGAAACCGUCAUCACCCAAACCCAAGAGGCGGAGGGCCACUGAGGUGAAACCAUCAUUACCGAAACCAAGGGCCACUGAGGUGAAACCAUCAUCGCCCAAACCCAAGAGGCGCAGGGCCGCUGAAGUGAAACCAUCAUCACCCAAACCCAAGAGGCGGAGGGCCGCUGAGGUGAAACCAUCAUCAUUCAAACCAAGGGCCACUGAGGUGAAACCAUCAUCACCCAAACCCAAGAGGCGGAGGGCCGCUGAGGUGAAACCAUCAUCACCCAAACCCAAGAGGCGGAGGGCCGCUGUGGUGAAACCAUCAUCUCCCGAACCCAAGAGGCAGAGGGCCGCUGAGGUGAAACCAUCAUCACCCAAACCCAAGAGGCGGAGGGCCGCUGAGGUGAAACCAUCAUCACCCAAACCCAAGAGGCGGAGGGCCCCUGAGGUGAAACCAUCAUCACCCAAACCUAAGAGGCGGAAGGAGGCUGAAGUGAAACCAUCAUCACCCAAACCCAAGGGCCACUGAGGUGAAACCAUCGUCACCCAAACUCAAGAGGUGGAGGGCCACUGAGGUGAAACCAUCAUCACCCAAACCCAAGAGGCAGAGGGCCGCUUAGGUGAAACCAUCAUCACCCAAACCCAAGAGUCGGAGGGCCACUGAGGUGAAACCAUCAUCACCCAAACCCUAGAGGCGGAGGGCCCCUGAGGUGAAACCAUCAUCACCCGAACCCUAGAGGCGGAGGGCCCGAGGUGAAACCAUCAUCACCCGAACCCAAGAGGCGGAGGGCCGCUUAGGUGAAACCAUCAUCACCCAAACCCAAGAGGCGGAGGGCCACUGAGGUGAAACCAUCAUGACCCACACCCAAGAGGCGGAGGGCCACUGAGGUGAAACCAUCAUCACCCAAACCAAGGGCCACUGAGGUGAAACCAUCAUCACCCAAACUCAAGAGGCGGGGGGCCACUGAGGUGAAACCAUCAUCACCCAAACCCAAGAGGCCGAGGGCCGCUGUGGUGAAACCAUCAUCUCCCUAACCCAAGAGGCAGAGGGCCGCUGAGGUGAAACCAUCAUCACCCAAACCCAAGAGGCAGAGGGCCGCUGAGGUGAAACCAUCAUCACCCGAACCCAAGAGGCGGAGGGCCCCUGAGGUGAAACCAUCAUCACCCGAACCCAAGAGGCGGAGGGCCCCUGAGGUGAAACCAUCAUCACCCAAACCCGAGAGGCGGAGGGGCACUGAGGUGAAACCGUCAUCACCCAAACCAAGGGCUACUGAGGUGAAACCAUCAUCACCCAAACCCAAAAGGCGGAGGGCCGCUGAGGUGAAACCAUCAUCACCCAAACCCAAGAGGCGGAGGGAGGCUGAGGUGAAACCAUCAUCUCCCAAACCCAAGAGGCGGAGGGCCGCUGAGGUGAAACCAUCAUCACCCAAACCCAAGAGGCGGAGAGCCGCUUAGCUGAAACCAUCAUCACCCACACUCAAGAGGCGGAGGGCCGCUGAGGUGACACUACAUCACCCAAACCCAAGGGCCACUGAGGUGAAACCAUCAUCACCCUAAUCCAAGAGGCGGAGGGCCACUGAGGUGAUACCAUCAUCACCGAAACCAAGGGCCACUGAGGUGAAACCAUCAUCACCCAAACCCAAGAGAUGGAGGACCACUCAGGUAAAACCAUCAUCACCCAAAACCAAGAGGCGGAGGGCCGCUGAGGUGAAACCAUCAUCACCCAAACCCAAGAGGUGGAGGGCCGCUGAGGUAAAACCAUCAUCACCCAAACCCAAGAGGCGGAGGGCCACUGAAGAGAAACCAUCAUCACCCAAACCAAGGGCCACUGAGGUGAAACCAUCAUCACCCAAAACCCAAGGGCCAGUGAGGUGAAACCAUCAUCACCCAAACCCAAGAGGCGGAGGGCCACUGAGGUAAAACCAUCACCACCCAAACCCAAGAGGCGGAGGGCCGCUGAGGUGGAACCUCCAUCACCCGAACCCAAGAGGCGGACGGCCGCUGAGGUGAAACCAUCAUCCCCCAAAACCAAGAGGCGGAGGGCCACUGAGGUGAAACCUUGAUCACCCAAACCAAGGGCCACUGAGGUGAAACCAUGAUCACCCAAACUCAAGAGGCAGAGGGCCGCUUAGGUGAAACCAUCAUCACCCAAACCCAAGAGGCGGAGGGCCACUGAGGUGAAACCAUCAUCACCCAAACCAAGGGCCACUGAGGUGAAACCAUCAUCACCCAAACCCAAGGGCCACUGAGGUGAAACCAUCAUCACCGAAACUCAAGGGCCACUGAGGUGAAACCAUCAUCACCCAAACCCAAGAGGCGGAAGGCCACUGAGGUGAAACCAUCAUCACCCAAAUCAAGGGCCACUGAGGUGAAACCAUCAUCACCCAAACCCAAGAGGCGGAGGGCCACUGAGGUGAAACCAUCAUCACCGAAACCAAGGCCCACUGAGGUGAAACCAUCAUCACCCAAACCCAAGAGAUGGAGGACCACUCAGGUAAAACCAUCAUCACCCAAAACCAAGAGGCGGAGGACCGCUGAGGUGAAACCAUCAUCACCCAAACCCAAGAGGCGGAGGGCCGCUGAGGUGAAACCAUCAUCACCCAAACCCAAGAGGUGGAGGGCCGCUUAGGUGAAACCAUCAUCACCCAAACCCAAGGGCCACUGAGGUGAAACCAUCAUCACCCAAACCCAAGAGGCGGAGGGCCACUGAGGUGAAACCAUCAUCACCGAAACCAAGGGCCACUGAGGUGAAACCAUCAUCACCCAAACCCAAGAGGCGGAGGGCCACUGAGGUGAAACCAUCACCACCCAAACCGAAGAGGCGGAGGGCCGCUGAGGUGAAACCAUCAUCACCCGAACCCAAGAGGCGGAGGGCCGCUGAGGUGAAACCAUCAUCACCCUAACCAAGGGCCACUGAGGUGAAACCAUGACCACCCGAACCCAAGAGGCGGAGAGCCGCUGAGGUGAAACCAUCAUCACCCGAACCCAAGAGGCGGAGGACCGCUGAGGUGAAACCAUGAUCACCCGAACCCAAGAGGCGGAGGGCCGCUGAGGUGAAACCAUCAUCACCCGAACCCAAGAGGCGGAGGGCCGCUGAGGUGAAACCAUCAUCACCCGAACCCAAGAGGCGGAGGGCCGCUGAGGUGAAACCAUCAUCACCCGAGCCCAAGAGGCGGAGGGCCGCUGAGGUGAAACCAUCAUCACCGAAACCAAGGGCCACUGAGGUGAAACCAUCAUCACCCAAACCCAAGGGCCACUGAGGUGAAACCAUCAUCACCCAAACCCAAGAGGCGGAGGGCCACUGAGGUGAAACCAUCACCACCCAAACCGAAGAGGCGGAGGGCCGCUGAGGUGAAACCAUCAUCACCCUAACCAAGGGCCACUGAGGUGAAACCAUGACCACCCGAACCCAAGAGGCGGAGGGCCACUGAGGUGAAACCGUCAUCACCCGAACCCAAGAGGCGGAGGGCCACUGAGGUGAAACCAUCAUCGCCCAAACCCAAGAGGCGCAGGGCCGCUGAAGUGAAACCAUCAUCACCCAAACCCAAGAGGCGGAGGGCCGCUGAGGUGAAAACAUCAUCAUCCAAACCCAAGAGGCGGAGGGCCGCUUAGGUGAAACCAUCAUCACCCAAACCCAAGAGGCGGAGGGCCGCUUAGGUGAAACCAGCAUCACCCAAACCCAAGAGGCGGAGGGCCGCUGAGGUGAAACCAUCAUCACCCAAACCCAAGGGCCACUGAGGUGAAACCAUCAUCACCCAAACCCAAGAGGCGGAGGGCCACUGAGGUGAAACCAUCACCACCCAAACCGAAGAGGCGGAGGGCCGCUGAGGUGAAACCAUCAUCACCCGAACCCAAGAGGCGGAGGGCCACUGAGGUGAAACCAUCAUCACCGAAACCAAGGGCCACUGAGGUGAAACCAUCAUCACCCAAACCCAAGGGCCACUGAGGUGAAACCAUCAUCACCCAAACCCAAGAGGCGGAGGGCCACUGAGGUGAAACCAUCACCACCCAAACCGAAGAGGCGGAGGGCCGCUGAGGUGAAACCAUCAUCACCCGAACCCAAGAGGCGGAGGGCCGCUGAGGUGAAACCAUCAUCACCCUAGCCAAGGGCCACUGAGGUGAAACCAUGAUCACCCAAACCCAAGAGGCGGAGAGCCGCUGAGGUGAAACCAUCAUCACCCGAACCCAAGAGGCGGAGGGCCGCUGACGUGAAACCAUCAUCACCCGAACCCAAGAGGCGGAGGACCGCUGAGGUGAAACCAUCAUCACCCGAACCCAAGAGGCGGAGGGCCGCUGAGGUGAAACCAUCAUCACCCGAGCCCAAGAGGCAGAGGGCCGCUUAGGUGAAACCAUCAUCACCCAAACCAUGGGCCACUGAGGUGAAACCAUCAUCGCCCAAACCCAAGAGGCGCAGGGCCACUGAGGUGAAAACAUCAUCAUCCAAACCCAAGAGGCGGAGGGCCGCUUAGGUGAAACCAUCAUCACCCAAACCCAAGAGGCGGAGGGCCGCUUAGGUGAAACCAUCAUCACCCAAACCCAAGAGGCGGAGGGCCGCUGAGGUGAAACCAUCAUCACCCAAACGAAGGGCCACUGAGGUGAAACCAUCAUCACCCACACCCAACAGGCGGAGGCCCACUGAGGUGAAACCAUCAUCACCCGAACCCAAGAGGCGGAGUACCGCUGAGGUGAAACCAUCAUCACCCGAACCCAAGUGGCGGAGGGCCGCUGAGGACAAACCAUCAUCACCCGAACCCAAGAGGCGGAGGGCCACUGAGGUGAAACCAUCAUCACCCAAACCCAAGAGUCGGAGGGCCACUGAGGUGAAACCAUCAUCACCCAAUCCAAGAGCCACUGAGGUGAAACCAUCAUCACCCGAACCCAAAAGGCGGAGGGCCGCUGAGGUGAAACCAUCAUCACCCAAACCCAAGAGGCCGCGGGCCGCUGAGGUGAAACCAUCAUCAGCCGAACCCAAGAGGCGGAGGGCCGCUGAGGUGAAACCUUCUUCACCCGAACCCAAGAGGCGGAGGGCCGCUGAGGUGUAACCUUCAACACCCGAACCCAAGAGGCGGAGGGCCGCUGAGGUGGAACCUUCAUCACCCGAACCCGAGAGGCAGAGGGCCGCUGAGGUGAAACCAUCAUCAUCCGAUCCCAAGAGGCGGAGGGCCGCUGAGGUGAAACCAUCAUCACCCGAACCCAAGAGGCAGAGGACCGCUGAGGUGAAACCAUCAUCACCCAAACCCAAGAGGCGGAGGGCCGCUGAGGUGAAACCAUCACCCAAACCCAAGAGGCGGAGGUCCGCUCAGGUGAAACCAUCACCCAAACCCAAGAGGCGGAUGUUGAGUAAGCUGAGAACAGGCCAUUGCACUCAAGCCUGAGCAAUAACAAUAUAACUGAGUAGAAGAAAAUUAAAAAGUCAACAAAACAAAACAAAACCCACACUCCAAAAACAAACUAACAAAGUAUAAAUAAAUAAUAUAAAAAUAAAAUAAA